AUGGAGGAUAUAUCCAUUAACAAAGAAGAACACUUUUUUGAUGGUGUUGGAAUCAUCCUCCUUGUGGGCAUGGCUUAUGAUUAUUAUGUGGCCAUCUGUAAACCAUACUACAUGACCAUCAUGAAUACCUGUGUUUGGCAGCAGCUGGUGGCAGCAUUCUGGAUGGAGGGCUCUGUACAUGUCAUCAUGCAAUUAAUCUUCAUGACUCAUCUUUCUCUCUGUGCCCCUAAUGUAAUCAAUCACUUCAUGCGUGAUUUGUUCCCAUUGCUGAAAUUGGCCUGCAUGGACACCCAAGUUCUUGGCCUUUUAGUUAAUGCUAACAGUGGAAUAAUGUGUUUGUCCAGAUUUCUCAUUCUAAUUGUCUUCUAUAUCUUUAUCCUUUCUUCCCUGAAGGUUGGUAGUUCAGAAGGAAGGCAAAAGGCCCUUUCCACCUGCAGCUCCCACUUCACAGUGGUAGUCUUGUUUUUUGCUCCCUGUAUAUUCUUAUAUGUGAGACCAGUAGUCACUUUUCCCAUAGACAAAGCUGUAGCUGUAUGUUUUACUAUGCUUACCCCUUUGUUAAAGCCUUUGAUUUAUAUGCUCAGGAAUACAGAAGUUAAAAAUGCCAUGUGGAAAUUCGGGAUCAGAAGAAUAUCUUUGACUCUUCAGGAAAAGUCAGCCUACUAA